AUGGCGCCACCAUCAGCACAGCAACGAUCUAUCUCCACCUGGAACGCACCCAGUCGAAUCUUAUUCCAACCUUGCGCCAACUGCCUAAUUUCUACCUCCCUGAAACGUGCCGCCGAUGAGCUCUUCGCAACCCAAUCGGACCUCUACACACGUCUAUCUCAUUGGGGGAGGGACUCAGACAGUUGGAACCCCACAAAGCAAGCCCUUGCAACGACCGAGAAGAACAUGGCGGUACCAGGUCUGGACCUUGCAUUCACUCUGGCCACAUCUAUCCAAGGUGGGAUGGAGACUUUUACCCAUCAACGCAGAGGCUCAGCGACGGGCAAGAGAAUUGCUACAGAUGGGGCCUUGCUGCAGGUAGCCAACUUGUUGUGGGCGUUUGAUAUUAUGCCGGUGGAAGGGGAAGAGAUGGAUCCAUGGACCAUGACUGUCGUGGGUUUCAUGACGAUGCCCAAAGAGCUAAGGAUGCGGCUGAAGCCUCGCGGUGACUGGGUGAUGGAGGCCAUCAAACGGGGACCUAAGACCGCGGCGGAGGACUUGGAUCAAGUGAUAGGGUCUGUCAACGAUGUGGAGGAGUAA